GCAUAAAAAGCAGAGCCGGAUACGCAGAAGGGAAACCUGUAGAGCACCAAGUGCAGCAUGAUCACUUGCAGGACCGUGCGGCUGUGGAUUUCUGGGCAAUAAGUCCUCGCUCUACCAUGCCUGGCCUAAUCCCACAACCUCUCCCAACGGACGUCAACAUGGACAAAGACGACUUCAGGAGAAACAAGACCUUAGGAAAGAACCUCAUGUGCCGACUAAAGUGUAUGUUCACCAGUUCAUCUGCUCCGGAGAGCAGGCUAAGUUUAGAAGACACCCAACAAUGGUCCCAGUCUCUGGAACGGCUUCUCGGUUCCAAAUAUGGCAUGGCCACAUUCCGCACCUUUCUGAAAUCAGAAUUCAGCGAUGAAAACAUCGAAUUCUGGUUGACCUGCGAGGACUACAAGAAGAUAACUUCGUCCCAUAAGAUGAGCUCGAAGGCGAGGAAAAUCUUUGAGCAAUUCGUCGAAGCAGAAUCUCCGAAAGAGAUAAACAUCGACUAUCACACGCGGGAGGAAAUCAAGAGAAAUGUGAGGAGUCCGACGGCAGAGUGUUUCGACGAGGCUCAGAAGAUCGUUUUCGGUCUGAUGGAACGUGACUCUUACCCCAGAUUUCUACGAUCUGAGAUGUACAAGACCCUCCUCGAGUCCCUUGCUUCGGAUGAUGCUCGAGGAUGACUGUGUGGUGAUGUAUCACACCAAUGCUAAAACUGGAACGGUCUGGUUUGUGUGCAGGACCAGAACCCCCGAAGCUCGCGCUCCCCGCCGUGUGGAACUUCUGAAACUAACAGGAGACAAAAAGGAGCAAUGGUUGGGAACAUGCCGUUGAUAUCAAGGCAAAAUGACAAGAAACACAAGUCUGACGUGUUUCUGAAAUGCCAGGAGUGCUUCUCAACUGAGCGUGCUUCCUGUGUAGAUAAGGACGCAGCUCCUUCAAGCCCUUCCGGUGGUUUCCGAAGCUACAGUGUGGGGACAACACUAUCGUCUUUUCCUGGCACUUCCAGAAGAUCUUUAUAAACUGCUUUGCCAUGUCCAACAAUGACUUUAGUAACAAAAAACUACCUCUGCCUAUUGGUUGAGGUGGUUUGGACAGUUUUGUAAGGGGAUCUUGACAUGUUUCAACAUGAGUGCCUUAUUGCCACAGAGAUGUAUAACAUUAAAGAAAGAAAUGAACUACUAGAGAGGUCAAGUUAAAGUACAGUUGUAGCAUGUGUGCCACACACAAAAACCGUAGGCAUUACUUGUAAUGUUAUAACGUUUAAUUUAAAUGAAGAUAUACUACUAUUUAUUAGCCGCAGUGCAGCCACUGGUUGGAUGUUGACUUUUGUCAUUUUUGAGGACGAUAAAAUAAAGAUUGGACACUGUUUUCA